GCCAGCUCCCCCUGCGCUCAGCGCGGGGCUUCUGCCCGUUCCCGGAGCUGCUCGCCCGGCGAGGGCUGGGGUUCGGGGCGACCCCCAGCCGCCGCGCCCCGCGUGUCCCGCCCCGCCGCCAGCCUCCUCACCUAUCAGCUUUCCCGUGCGCGUCGCCACCCCGCUCCGCCCACCUCCGAAGGGCUGCGCGGAGGGGAAGGCAGCGCUCGGCCUGGACCAGCUCCUCCGAGGACCGGCCGCCGGCCGGGCUGUGCCGGCCCCGCUGUGGCUCUGAGCUCGCCGCGGCUGCAGCCCAGCCGGGCCGCGGAGCGAGGGAGUGCCCGGCGCAUGGGGAGGCGGUUGACAUAGAUUCACUGGAAAACUUUGAUUGCUACAGGUGGCCAGAGCGGAGCACACAGUCCCUGGGAGUUUUUUCCUUAGAGUGUGAUUCCUGAGGAAGAGGAUCAUCAGUUUUGGUAAACAAAACAAGCCCAGAACCUGGCAGAGAGAGCGGCAUAUGCUGACGACUCUUUGGAAUGACUUUUCUCUUGGAAUCUACCCUGUGGCUUUAGUCCUCCAACCAGAGGUUCAUCCUGCGCAGGAAACAAUGGCCUACGUCAAGAUGAGAUUGCUAUAUAUUUCCUUUUUUGUUCUGGGAGCCCUUUGUUUGUAUUUCAGCAUGAACAAUUUUUCUCUUUUUAAAGACGAGCUAGUUGUUUUCAAGAAAGAAAAUGGGAAGUUCCUCCAGCUGCCUGAUGUAGACUGCCGUCAGCAUCCCCUGUUCCUCGCAGUGCUGGUGACAUCAUCCCACGCACAGAUGCUUGCUCGCUUGGCCAUCCGGGACACUUGGGGAGGAGAAAAGGUUGUGAGAGGAAAGCGGAUAAAAACAUUCUUUCUCCUGGGACGCAGCCCCAAUCAGGACAUAGAAAAAGCGGUGGCCAAGGAGGGCCAGCAACACCGCGAUAUCAUCCAAAAGGACUUUGUGGAUGUUUAUUUCAACCUCACUCUGAAGACCAUGAUGGGUAUAGAGUGGAUCCACCACUUCUGUCCUCAGGCGGCUUUCGUGAUGAAAACAGACUCCGACAUGUUCGUCAACGUCUACUAUCUGACCGAGCUACUGCUGAAGAAAAACAGGACAACUAGGUUUUUCACUGGCUUCUUAAAGUUGAACGAAUUUCCAAUUAGGUCAAAGUACAAUAAGUGGUUUGUCAGCAAAUAUGAAUAUCCGUGGGACAAGUAUCCGCCUUUUUGCUCCGGCACGGGCUAUGUUUUUUCCGGCGAUGUUGCGAGUCAGGUGUAUAAUGUUUCUGAAAGCGUCCCCUUCAUUAAAUUGGAAGACGUCUUCAUGGGGCUCUGCCUGGCAAAACUGAAAAUCAGACUGCAGGAACUCCAUUCCAAGCAGACCUUCUUCCCGAACGGGCUCAGUUUCUCCACGUGCCGUUUUAAGAAGAUUGUGGCCUGCCAUUUUAUCAAGCCUCAGGAGAUGGUGAGCUACUGGCAGGCUCUGGAAAAUUCUGUGGGAGAAGAGUGUCCCGCUGAGUGAGAGAGGCUCGGGGCCCAUCUGGACACACUUCAGACAACCCACGGUGAUGGUUUUGGAAAGACCUUUGGAUUGCGUUGCUGAGAGUCAUCAGGGGUAGGGAGGGAGUGAGAAAGGGAGAGGGAGGAAGGAAGGUGAGGAGGACACCCGGUAGGGUUCCAGACCUGAACUAGAACGGGAGCUCAAGUGAAACCGCUGAUGAGUUCCCACUUAGUUCCCCAAGCAAUAAGAAUUUCCAUCUCAUAAGUACCUCCACGGUUAUACUGGGUGUUUGAGUUACACCUACGCUUUCUCAUUUCAGGGGCUGUCAUCAUGUGAGGUGGUGGGUGUUAUCGUCCCCAUUUAUACAGGAGAAAACAGUGGCUUAUCGAGGUACAGGAAUUUGUCCCAAGACUCAUGGCCAACAAGGAGGAAGGCGCAGGGAGGAAAAGCGAGGGCUGUCAGAAUCCAGCCGGUGCCCCUGACUCAGUCCGCCCCCCUCCCCCCCCUUGGGAGAGACUAGCGGUGAGGAGGCUCAGAGGACAGGCUUGCUACAGGCACCCUUCAGUCUAUUUCAGGAGCCUCCUCCUUCUCAGCUCCCAAUCCUUGUGCUCUUUAGUGCUAAGACUGGGGUGAACAGCCCCCUACCCCCCAGCUCCCUUCAUUUCUGCGAUGGACCUGGAUGGACACUGAGUCCCCAUUAGCAAGCAACAUGAUACUCCGCUCAUAGCAGAGCCCAUCCUGGAAGAUGUCUGCCGUGGCUACAGCUCAGCCCCUGAGAAGCGGCCAGCUCCAGACAGAAAUCGGUUUUUAUACUUUUCAGUCAGACAUCAUUGCAAAGCCUGGCCCGGUGUACAGACUUCUUGGCCACGCUGCUGAGCUCCCCAAGAGCAUGGCGUCCUCUGAGCCACAUGUGGCAUCCCGUCUGUUUGCUUCAGAUGCCCUCGGUCUACUGUAGGUCUCUGAGUUCCAAUUGGAGGGCAGCUGGGUGCAAGGCCGAGUUGGGGGAGGAUUCUGGGAGCUUUCCUGGGAAUUCAGGUGGAUUGAAGUCAAGUCUUUGAGAGGGCUCCCUUGGACACUGAGCGCUGAAGUGAGCCCUGGUCAAGACGGGUUGGUCCUCCUGUGUCCAGUUCCCUAGCCUGACCCCAGUUCAUCUUUGAAUUUCUUGUGUGGCAGACAGACAAGUGAGUUUUGUGGUGGGGAGUUUAACCUUCAGUUUUCUUCUCCCUGGAGGGUUGUCUGAGCCUGUUCUUCAAGGGCAUUUUCCCACGCAGCCACUGGCACAUUCCAUGCACGGCUGCCUUGCUCCUGGUCACAGGAGAGCGUGGUUCUUAUUUUGUACUUUACCUGACUUGACUUGACCAGCGCUCAAAGCAGAGGCCUAAUGUAGCCGUGUGACUUAGAAAUGUUGGAGUAAGUUCUGGCCUGAACUCAGGAAGAGAUAUUUGGUGCAACAUGCUGUGGUGAUGUGAAAUGGCUAAGUGAGGGCUCGCACCUUGUUUUGCACAGCGCUUUUUGUGUCUGGGUUGAGCUGCUGCUUUGCAGGUGUGUUUCCUUCUCCUGGCUGUUCCAAAUGUUCUGGGUCAUGUUCAAAGAAGCCUCCUUCUCAGGUGGGAACAUCAGGGACUUUGUGUUUUUUGAAGCUCAGCUUUUUCCAUAGCUACAUCCCUUAGUUCCAUAGGAUGGGCUGCCUCUGAUCCGGAAGAUACUGGUGGGUUUUAAGGGUGAAGCUUUUGGUCUGGUAGUAGGGCUGGGUCUGUGCUUAGAUGUCCACCUUGUCUGUGUGUGUCCGUGUGGCCACUGGGACAGGUGAGUGAGAUGUGGCUGAGCCCAGCCAAGCCAGAGCCCUCUGUGUGGAUGGCUCAGGGUCUGGCCUUCUCAGUAUCAGCCCACAGCCCACUGUGGCCCAAGAGUGCAGGCAAGGCUCCACCUACAGCCUCAGUGUCUUCUUAAAGGAUUUCCUGCCAAACACAUGUUUCCCCCACUCUAUUUCUUUAUAUACUGAAGAAGGUUUUCCUCGAGGGAAACCUUAUUUCAUGGUGAUAGAAUUUGGGGGACCUAAAAGCUCAUUCAAUCCUGCCUUCAUGUAGGAGGACAGUAAAGCUGCAGGAGACCCAGACAUUUGCCCAGGACCUCACAGCUUGUUGGGGAAUGCGGGCUCCAGCUCAGGUUGUUCUGUGACGCCCAUCUUGCCUUGCCCAUGUGAGUCAGAAGCUGUGAAAGCAUGACUUCGGAGGCAAAGCCAUGCUCUUCCAUGGACGCCAGACACUGGCUUCAGAGUGGGGUUGGAGACGGGGCACCUGGUGGUAUGGUGGCUUCACCCACAGGCACCCAGAUGGGAACGAUGGUGAUAACAAACGCUGUGUGCAGGUCUUGAGAUAAGCAAGGCCUGUACAUGUAUCACCUCCUUAAAUGCUCACAACAGCUUUACUGGGAGGUUACGGCCAGUAUCUCUACUUUUACAGGUGAGGAAACCAAGGCUGAGAGAGAGGGUGAAUCGCUAGGUUGAGGGUCACAUAACUGAAAGUAGCAGAAGUACGGUGUGAGCCCAAGCUGUGGAGGGCACUGUGCGUUGAUAACGCUCAGUCCUGUGGCCCCCCAGGCUGUCCGCUGACCCUCGCUCAGUGUCCAGGAGGAUGCAGAAGCUCAGUGCGUCGGCUGCUCAGGCUGCCUGUCCUGAUGCUUCCUCCCUGGCCCGCCACCACACAUGCCUACCCUUAGCGUCGGAACCCCGAUAUCCCGCCUUCCGCUGGGACUGGAGAAAGGAGUCACUGGGGGGCACCCGUGGUGCCAGCCCCUCCAUUUUUGGACUUGAUUCCCAGCUCUUUUUUCCUCCUGGAGCGUGAGACACCUGGCCCAGCCUCGUGCUCACCUUGGCUAUCCAUUUUCCCUUCUCUGCCGGACGGCCGCACAAGCACGCACGCAUGCUGCCACUUCCCAGCUAAAAAAACAUCAUCCGUCUUCCCUUGACACCCCUUAUCCCCUUACUGCCCCAUUGCUGCCCCAUUUUUGCACUUCAACCCCUAAGGGGGGUUUUAUGUGUUUGUUGUCUGAAAUUCCUCUUCUAUUCUUUCUGAAAUCCCCUCUGCUUAGACCUUGGUGACCUUCCCUCCCCGAGAUGGUUCUUAUCGAGGUCACUGAUGACCUACAUUGCUGGGUCCAUGGUCGGGUCCCGGUCCACAUCUGGGCCGAGUACAGCCGGUCUUGCUGCUCCUGACCCAGCCCUCACUCCUGGCUUCCGGGACAGUUCUCCCACUUGCUGGCCAGGCCUUUUCCUUCUUUUUUGCUUGUCUGAGCCUUCACUCUGACUUCUAAGGCGGGAGUGCCUCAGGCCCACCUUCAGCCCUCCUUUCUUCCCUGGCUCCACUCUGUGCUCUGGGGGUCUCAUGCCCCCUCAGGGUUUUAAAUGCCCCUCAUCGUGUUGAUAUCGCCCCGUAAAUCUGCAGCCCAGAGCUCGCGUUUGCUCUUCCAUCUUGCACAUUCUACUGCCUACAUGUCGUUGCAUAAUGAGCCAAUCCGAAACAGGACUUCUGAUGGCCCCUCCCGCACUCCUCAUCCGCCUGACCUGCUGCCUUCGCCACCUCAGGUGACGGCCACCCCAUCCUUGCCGCCACCCUGACGCCUCUCUCAGCUGGGGCGUCCACAGAGACUGUUGGCUGUCCUUUCAGAUUAUACCCAGGAACUGACCACUUCCCACCAUGUCCCCUGCUGCCCCCUCGUCUGAGCUCCUGUCACGUCUCGCCUGUGUUGCUGCAGGAGCUUCUACCCGGCCUCUUGGCUUCCAUCACUGCAUCUCCUUGUCUGUUCCUCAAACAGCGUCCAGAGUCCCCUUUGAAAAUAUAGAUUACAGCAUCUCACUUCUCUGCUCAAAACCAUCCCGUGGCUGAAUGUCACCGCGUAGGAGCCACACCUUCAGUAUCACCGCCUGCCUCUGCUGCCCCUGACCUCACCCCUUCUCCCCUCACUCACUCGGCCUCCCCGAGCCGUGACACUCUUCCAGCCGCACCGGCCUCCGUGCUCUUCCUAGAGCACCCCAGGCACGCUCUCCCGCCCCCAGGGGCUUUGCCCGGCUGUUUCCUCUGCCGGGACCACCCUUUCCGCAGAUACGCUCAUGGCCCAUUCCUUUGCCUCCUUCAGGUCUGUGGCCAGCUUAUCGCCUUUUUGAUGAGACCUGCCCUCGAGGUGCCACUCAGCUCCCUUCCCUUGUUACGCUUUUUCCAUUGUACUUACCAAUGUCUACCAAAGUAUGGCAUGUCUAUUUUUCAUAAAUCUAUUGUGUUCGUUGUUUACACUUCAUUCCACUUGAACGGAAGCCUUGUGCAGGAGUGGAUCUGCAUUUUCAUCAGGGAUGCACUCACAUUCCUCGCACAGCUCCUGCCACAUAGUAGGUACUCAAUAAAUAUCUGCCGGAUGGAACUGCAAUGGCCCCUUUAUGGAAGGUGGUUUUAGUGGGGAAUAGGUGAACGUCGUCUGGAAGGGGAAGGAUUUCUAAAGCAUAGCCUACCCUAUUGUUCCAGGUGAACCAAUCAGUGGGAAAAUGGGUGUGUUUUUACAGAAAACUGUGACCUGAAAACCUGGAAGUGCUGGACGGGGGUGCUUCUUGAACUCAUGCCCCCACCACCUUUUCUAUAAUGGCAAACCUCACGCACUGAGAAGCAGACAGAGCCCUGGAAUGCCCUUCACAUGCCUGUCCCCAGCCUCCCACACAGCCCCUCUGGCCUCAUCUGCAACCGUCUCCUGUUUUGAUGCUUAUAGAAAUGAGCCUCUUUUCCUCAACUGUAUCCAACUUUUAGUCCCAGGAGAAUGACAACCACAAACCAAGUUGUCAGGAAAGGUAUGUGGGAUCAUGAAAGUGACUUUUCAGCCCAGUUGCCUUCUGUAUAUGAAUAACUACAUACAUAUGCAUCCUGGGGACACUGAAAACCACACUAUGCCAACAUUUGAGGUUAUUGUUCCAAACCAGAACCACGAAGCAAUGUCAGUUCUCUUGCGCUGUGUGAGUGAGUUCUGGACUUGGGGCCAUGGCUUGGUGUCCUGGGACCUGGCCAGCCCACGCAUGAAGUGUGUGGAGGGUCCCCCGUUACCCAGGAAGGGCGUCACUUUCUCAGUCUGCUCUGACCCCACUGAAGGGAUUCAUUGCUGAGAGCCUGGCCUGGGUUAGGAGACGGCUUCUCUGAUAAACAAGCGCCCUGCUGUAUAGAUUUCAAGGACUGUGGUUAAUAAUAGAAGACUGAAGUUUAAUCGAAUACGUUCUACUUGAACCAAGAAACUGUAUGUACACUAUGGAAGGGAGUAAACCACUUCAACAUGACAACCAGCAGAAAUUGCAGGACAUUUCGUUUUAUAAAGUGCAGUUCCUGCCUUUUAUUUAGUUACUGAACAUUGUCCCCUCGCUACCCAGCCUCACAGACAUCUAAGAUGAAUUACAUCCGCAAUUUGGGUGGAAAUCCUGAUAUCACAGCUACUUCUCGUAGAUGGCGCUGUUGUCCGCAGGUCUAAUGGAAUGCCCCUAACCCUCCGGCGCUCCUUUGUGCAUUAUAGUCAUUUCAUUCUUAGAAAACUUCACUUACCCUUUCCUGUCUGCCACACGUUUUUCUCGACAGCAUCUAUUCAUGUUGAAAACUGUGGAAGGAAAAGGUGGUUUUCCUUUCUUUAUGCUCUGAGGUUAACCACCUUGACCUCAUGUCAGUCUCACAUCUGUACUGCCUUUCAAGAUGUUCUCUGCUUUACAUUCAGAGUCUCCCUCCCCCACACCCUCCCCCCCAAACAAAGCAAAAACAACAGAUCUGAUUAAGAAACUGAGAUGCAAGGAAGCUGAGUGAUUGGGCACCCUGUCCUGUCCAUGAGCUGUGGGCCAUUCCAGAGGUCAGAUUAUUGAGCCCAACUCCUGCUGGGCACCCUAGCACUGCUCCAGUUGUCCCCAGAGGCUGACAGAAGCACUGAAAUGGACUUUUAAAGUGAAAUGAAUGAAUUUUUAUGUGAGUUCUUUGAUCCUCUUGUGUGUGGUCGGGCUGCCUGCGUUUGAAUUUUACCUCCCUCCCUCACUCCCAGAAGCAAGUUACCGACCUUCUCUUGACCUCAGUUUUCUUAUCCGAAAAAUAGGGCCACAGUAGUUCCCACCUCACAGGGUUACUGUGUUGGUUGAGACAGUGCGUAUAGGUCGCUCAGUGACUGGGUGCUGUGAUGAUGGCCAAUGUGUGGGCUGUGAGUUUUGGUGCGCACAGUGAUGGCAUAUGUAUAGUGACCGGUGUGUGAAUCAAGAAAUCUCUGGGCUGCGUCUUUGAGACUUCGUUUCAGUUCUUGCUCCUUUCUCUCCCUUGAAUCUUCCUCGGCACUCUUGGAGAAAAUCUCGUACCUGUGGCAUUCUUCAAAAUCGCAGACCACAGUGUUCUAGACUUGGUUACUGCAGAAAGUAUGAAAAUCUGAGCUGGUAAAAUAAAAUGGAGCUGGAAUGUGCGUUAGCGAGCAUCCUCGGUUUAAAAAGCAGCCUCCUUUUUACAGGUGAGAAAAGCAAGGCUCAGGAAAGUGGAGGGACUUUGAUAAGUCCUUCCGUUUGCGGCAUCUCCAGGGUCAGAAAUUAGCCUCAGAAAGCUCACGCCAGUCCUUCAUUCUUUUAUUUGUUCCUUCAUUGGGCAGAUAUGCUCAGUGCUUUUUACAAGAUAUCAGGAGUAAGGGUCAAGCUGAGGUCCUUGGCAAACAGAGCUCUAGCUGGGCAAAUAUACAUUGUCACAAAGAUGAUUAGAGCAUUUAUCACCUUGGCAAAGAAGGAAGGAGUGUUUAUUCAGUGCCUUCUCUGUGGACAGACACCGUAAAGCAUUGCCACACUUUCUUUCUCAUUGAAUCUUCACAGUGGCCUUUUGAGGCAGCUAUUCUUAUUAUAAUUAGUCCCCUAGUUUUGAGUUGAGGAGACAGAGGUUCAGAGUGACUCAGUGACUUGCUGCAAGGGGCUCAGACAUGGUAGAGACUCAGCCCCUUAGCCUUCAGGGUCGUGCCCUUCCCUAAAGCAAGGUUGGUGAGCCCUCCCAUUGUGCCCAAGGAUGGGCAGAGCACCCUGUGUCUUCCACAGGCAGCUCAGGGCUGACCCAGCCCAGCGGGUCUGCCAUCUUGUCCGUUUUCCUGUGUGUCGCCACUUCUUUUCUGUGUUGACACACAUCUCCAUCUGCUCCUUCCUGGUCCUAGCUGACCUCUGGAACUCAACCCUUUGUCAUCUGUGGUGUUCCCAAGAGUCUCCUGUUUAGCUGGGUCCUCCAACCUGUCCUGUCCUCAUCAGCCCCACCUUGAGGGUCAUGAGGGUCACUCAUGUCUCCCUCUGAUGUCUCAACCAAGUGUCUGGCUUCAGAACAGGAACCCCUCCAGUCCAAUCCAGCCCACUUUCCACUUGUCUCUCUCUACAGCCCUUGCAAAACAAGCCAUCUCUCAAAACAGUGUGGGUUCAACACUAGACAUGUGGCUUCUAUCAGUGUGUGUGCGUGUGUGUGUGUGUGUGUGUGUGUGUGUGUGUGUGAUCCAAGACUGACUAGAGGCACUGUGCUCAGUGGCAGCUGGUUUCUAAAUGUUUUCUGCUCUACCCAAGAACCUGUGAAGGGCAGUAAAAAGAGUAAGGCCACAUUUGCUUACGUGGGAUGUAAAAGAACAGGUGCCCCCAGGGCGACAGCGUGAGCUUGAGAGGUCUCAUUUGUUCUCACCUUUGCACAGUCGCACACUUAUUACACAGCAGGUAUGUGACACAUGCCACCUGUGGUGUGGUGGAAACACGGGCUGCAGGGAUGGGCUGCAGUCACAUUAUUCAGAGACUUUCCCGAACACCAACUUCCAGACAGAAUAAGAAAGAGUGAAAUAAAGUGGAAGAAAGCAAAUAGCCUAUUGAAUAUGGAUGUGUUUCUUCCAAGCAAGAGCUGUGUGGGCACCGCUGUUUAGUCAUCUGUACACUUAGCCUUGGUCCACAGGCUGAAAGGCGAAAGGCCAGGCCUGGGUGAUUCUUGUGGGUUCCCCACACGAAGAUGCUACGGCUCUGUGAUAGAUGGAAUAAUUCACAAGUCUGAGUCAAUAUAACAGCUGCUGUGCCUCCUCAUUUGAAAAAUGGAUUAGAAGAUAUAUAUCUUUUCUCCAUGUGUCCCAUUUGGAAGUAUUUGGUUUCUCAUGAUUUAUUUUUAAAAAUAAUUCAGCAUCAGGACUGGCAUCUCAGCAAUUUUCCCGGAGAUCGUGAACUUCUGUCAGGCUUUCUCGUCUCUCUGUCCGGGUCCCUGGUGGGGUGCUUGGUGGAGAGGAGACACUGAUAAUUAUCUAUUGGGUUUCAAGGCGAUUUCACAAAAGAGGUUUUCAGACAGAAGGGUGGGUUAGUGUCGAUUUAGUGAACUGUAAGUUCCCUUCAAACACCAGUUUCUGAACCUCUUUUAUAGAUUGUUAUUGCCACUUAUUUUUGUUUCUGUUUGGUUCCACAUGAUUCAAAAACCUGUAUGUGAACAGCAGGAAAAUUUAUCAUGGGCUGAGAUAUAUUUGAAAUAAACUCUCAGUUAGUCUCUGGGAGAGGAAACAGGCUAACAUUCUCUGUUUGAAUAUAGAUGGAAAGAUUUGAAGCUUGUGGUCCCUGGCAACUUAGAAGCAUGAGUUCUUCUCUAGUUUUCUGCUUUUCAAGUGUUACUACCAGAAAAGGGCCCCUGUUCUCAGAUUGGCCCUGAAAAUGAGCGGUGAAGCCGCCUGUCCCGGGUGGGCCAGAAAGCCUUGAAGGGCUGGAUGGGCACAGAGGUGAGGGAGCAAGAAUGCGUCCUCGGGCCGGCCAACUGGAAUACUGAUAAACAACAAAUUAGUUUUUAAUGAAAACAAACCAAUUUCUUCCUUAUCAGAUAAAAUCAACCUUAAAUAUAAGUGGAAAAAUUAAUUCCAUAGCCAAAUGUAGUUUUUGGUGUCACAUUGUUUUGCAUUGUCUGUUUGUUCUCCUCCCCACACUCCCCUUCUCUGGUUUAAACCCUCCGUCGGGCGCAACUGAUCUCACAGAUUGUUUUGAAUUUCUGUGGUUUUUAUAUCAAAUUUAUGUAAUAAA